CCAUAAAAGGCACUGGGAGGAGGUGGGGAAGGAAGGUUUGGAAAGGCCCUGAUUAGCUGCUUUGCAGUAAAACUCAGAGACAGUGAGUGCUAACAGGAAUGUGGAUUUUAUCCCUCCAGGAAUUCUAUUUAGCCUGCCAGGAAUUAACCUUGACUGUAAUUAGGCCAUCACUGAGAGCAGUGACCCUUUCAGAAAAUGUUUGGAAACCUCAACUUUGUUUAGAGACCUUGUGUGGGUGGAACUUCCUGUUUACACAGAGAGUGCCUCAUAAAGUCCAGUUGCUCCGAUGUGCUUUGGGGACCAGACUGAGUGCAGGGAGUAGGGUACGAAACAAUCUGGUCUCCUCAGGUCCCUUCUCCCUGCAGCAUGGCGAAGAAGAAGCUUCUUCAUCCAAGUCUUAUUCUCCUCCUCCUGGUCUCCCUGCCCACAGUCUCUGGAAACCCGCAGUAUAUGGUCCUGGUCCCUUCCCUGCUCCACACUGAGACCCCUCAGAAGGGCUGCCUCCUCCUGAGCCACCUGAAUGAGACCGUGACUGUGAGUGCUUCCUUGGAGUCUAUCAGGGGAAACAGGAGCCUCUUCACUGACCUCACGGCAGAAAACGACUUAUUCCAGUGUGUCUCCUUCACUGUCCCAAAAUCUUCAGCCGAUGAAGAGGUAAUGUUCCUCUCUGUCCAAGUGAAAGGACCAACCCAAGAAUUCAAGAAGAGGACCACAGUGGUGGUUAGGAAUGAAGAGAGUCUAGUCUUCGUCCAGACAGACAAACCUAUCUACAAACCAGGGCAGACAGUAAAGUUUCGUGUGGUCUCAUUGGAUGAAAAUUUUCACCCCGUGAAUGAAUUGAUUCCUCUAGUAUACCUUCAGGACUCCAAAGAAAAUCGCAUCACACAAUGGCGGAAUCUCCAUUUAGAGAGCGGCCUCACGCAGUUGUCUUUCCCCCUCUCAUCAGAGCCUGUUCUCGGCUCCUACAAUGUAGUGGUACAGAAGGAAUCAGGCAGAAGAAUAGAGCACCCCUUCACCGUGGAGGAAUUUGUGCUUCCCAAGUUUGAAGUGAGAGUGACAAUGCCAAAGAUAAUCACUAUAUUCGAAAAAGAGGUGACUGUGUCAGUGUGUGGCAUAUACACCUAUGGGAAGCCCGUCCCUGGAAAAGUAAGUGUGAGCAUAUGCAGAAGUUAUAGCAACCCUUCUAACUGCUUUGGUGAAGAGUCGCAGGCACUCUGUGAGAAAUUCAGUGAGCAGCUAAAUAGCAAUGGCUGCUUUUCUCGGCAAGUAAGUACCAAGAUCUUCCAGAUGAAGAGGCAAGGGUAUGAAAUGAAACUUCAGUUAGAGGCCAAGAUCAAAGAAGAAGGAACAGAGGUAGAAUUAACUGGAACUGGGUCCAGUGACAUUACAAGCACCAUAACCAAACUGUCAUUUGUGAAAGUGGAUUCAAACUUUAGACAAGGGGUCCCCUUUUUUGGACAGGUGCGCCUAGUGGAUGGGAAAGAUGUCCCCAUGCCAGAUAAACUCAUCAUCAUCCGAUCAGAUGAAGCUGAUUAUGACUUCAAUGCUACCACUGAUAAGCAUGGCCUGGUGCAGUUCUCCAUCAACACCACCAACAUUAUGGAUACCACCCUCACCGUCAGAGUGAAACACAAGGAUAAUGGUCCCUGUUAUGGCUACCAAUGGCUGUCAGGAGAAAACAGAGAAGCACAACACACCGCUAAUCGUGUAUUCUCCUUAAGCAAGAGCUUUGUCCGCCUUGAGCCCAUGGCUCAUACCCUACCCUGUGGUCAAACUCAGAAGGUUGAGACACAUUAUAUUCUGAAUAAACAGGUCCUGGGGAAUCUAAAGGAGCUCAUCUUCUAUUACCUGAUUAUGGCAAAGGGAGGCAUUGUCCGAACUGGAACUCAUGUACUGCCUGUAGAUGGUGGAGACAUGAAAGGCCAUUUUUCCCUGUUAGUCCCUGUGGAGUCAGACAUUGCUCCCACCGCUCGAUUGCUCAUCUAUGCCAUUUUACCUGAUGGAGAAGUGGUUGGGGAUUCAGCAAAAUAUGAGGUUGAAAAUUGUCUGGCCAACAAGGUGGAUUUGAACUUCACCUCAGCACAAAGUCUUCCAGCCUCACACAUCUACCUGAAAGUCUCAGCUUCUCCUGAGUCCCUCUGUGCUGUCCGUGUGGUGGACCAAAGUGUGCUGCUCUUGAAGCCCGAGGCUGAGCUUUCCCCAUCCUCGGUUUAUAACCUGCUACCCGUGAAAGACCUAACUGGGUUCCCUGCGAGUUUAAAUCAGAAUGAAGAUGAUGGAGACUGUGUCGAUCACCCUAAUGUCUAUAUUAAUGGAAUCACGUAUUCCCCAGUGGAAAACACAAAUGAAAAAGAUAUAUAUAGUUUCCUGCAGGACAUGGGUUUAAAGGUAUUCACCAACACAAAGAUUCAUAAACCCAAAAUAUGCCCACAGUCUCAUCAUUAUGCAAGGCAGGCAUCCAGACUAGUAUUAUCUCCUCCAGUAGCCUUUGAAAUGAGAAGAGGCCCAGACUUUAGAGAAUUGAAAGCAGAUUCAGCAAUUGUAGAGUCUCAUAUAGAGACUGUGCGAACGUAUUUCCCUGAGACGUGGAUCUGGAGCUUGGUGGUGGCAAACUCAUCAGGUGUGGGUGAAGUAGGAGUAACAGUCCCUGAUACCAUCACCGAGUGGAAAGCGGGGGCCCUGUGCCUGUCCAAUGACACUGGACUUGGUCUCUCUCUUCCUGCUACUCUCAAAGCCUUCCAGCCCUUCUUUGUGGAGCUCACAAUGCCCUACUCUGUGGUCCGUGGAGAAGCCUUCACACUCAAGGCCACGGUCUUAAACUACCUUCCCCAGUGCAUCCAGGUCCUUGUGCAGCUGGAAGACUCUCCUGAAUUCCUAGCUGUCCCAGUAGACAGCGAACAGAAGUCUUACUGCGUCUGUGGGAAUCAGCGGCAAACCGUGUCCUGGGCUAUAACCCCGAAGUCACUGGGGAGGGUGAAUUUCAGUGUGAGCGCAGAGGCAGUGAAUUCUCAGGAGCUGUGUGGGACUGAGGAGACCGUGGUUCCUGAACAUGGAAAGAAAGACACAAUCAUCAAGCCCCUGUUGGUUGAGCCUGAAGGACUACCAAAAGAAACAACAUUCAACUCCCUGAUCUGUUCAUCAGGCACUGGGGUGUCUGAAAUAUCCCUGAAAGUGCCACCAAAUGUUGUGGAAGAAUCAGCCCGAGCAUCCAUCUCAGUUUUGGGAGACAUAUUAGGCUCUGCUAUGAAAGACACACAAAAUCUCCUCCAGAUGCCCAAUGGUUGUGGAGAACAGAAUAUGGUCCUCUUUGCUCCUGACAUUUAUGUUCUGGAUUACCUGAAUGAAACACAGCAGCUGACUUCACAGAUGAAGACCAAGGCGAUUGGCUACCUCAUCACUGGUUACCAGAGACAGCUGAACUAUAAGCACUAUGAUGGUUCCUAUAGCACCUUUGGGGAGCAACAUGGCAGGAGCCAGGGGAAUACAUGGCUCACAGCUUUUGUACUGAAGACUUUUGCCCAGGCUAGACGCUACAUCUUCAUUGAUGAAACACACAUCACCCAAGCUCUCACCUGGCUCUCCCAGAAGCAGAAAGACAAUGGCUGUUUCAGGAGCUCCGGGUCACUGCUCAACAAUGCCAUUAAGGGUGGAGUAGAUGAUGAAGUGACCCUGUCUGCCUAUAUCACCAUUGCCCUUCUGGAGAUUCCUCUCCCAGUCACUCACCCUGUUGUCCGCAAUGCCCUGUUCUGCCUGGAGUCAGCUUGGAAGUCUGCCCAGGAUGGAGCCCACAGCAGCCAUGUCUACACCAAGGCACUGUUGGCCUAUGCUUUUGCCCUGGCAAAUGACCAGGACAAGAGGAAUGAGAUACUCAAGUCACUUGACAAGGAAGCUGUGAACGAAGGUGACUCCAUGCACUGGGCACGAGCUCAGAAACCCAAGGCAGCAGUGGAGCCUUUCUACCAUCCUCAGGCUCCCUCUGCUGAGGUGGAGAUGACGUCCUAUGUGCUCCUCGCUCUCCUCACCGCCCAGCCUGCCCCGUCCUCAGAGGAACUGAAUACUGCAUUACGCAUCGUGAAGUGGAUCACAAAGCAACAGAAUUCCAAUGGAGGCUUUGCCUCCACCCAGGACACAGUGGUGGCUCUCCAUGCCCUGUCCAGAUAUGGAGCAGCCACUUACUCCAGGACUGGAAAUGUUGCACAAGUGGCCAUUCAGGAUUCAGAGACCUUUUCCAGAAAUUUCCAAGUGGACAAUAACAACCUCCUAUUACUGCAGCAGGUCUCAUUGCCAAAAGUGCCUGGGGAGUACACUGCAACUGUGACAGGAAGCAGAUGUGUCUACCUCCUGACAUCCUUGAAAUACAAUGUUCUCCCAGAGAAGGAGGUAUUCCCAUUUGCUUUGGAGGUACAGACUCUGCCCCCAACUUGUGAUGGACCCAAGGCUCACACCAGCUUCCAGAUUUCACUGAAUGUCAGCUAUACAGGAAGCCGCCCUGUCUCCAACAUGGUGAUUGCUGAUGUAAAGAUGGUAUCUGGUUUCAUUCCCCUGAAACCAACAGUGAAAGAGCUUGAAAGAUCUAACCAUGUGAGCCGGACAGAAGUCAGCAAUAACCAUGUCUUGAUUUAUCUGGAUGAGGUGACAAAUCAGACAUUGAGCUUGUCCUUCACGGUUGUGCAGGACAUCCCAGUAAGAGAUCUAAAACCAGCCAUAGUGAAAGUCUAUGAUUACUAUGAGACAGGUGAGUUUGCAAUUGCUGAGUACAACGCUCCCUGCAGCAAAGAUCAAGGAAAUGCUUGAAGAUCACAGCAACAAAAAUUGCUUUGCUGCAGUCCCUGUGGAAUAUGGAGGAAAAGGGUUUUGUCUUUCUAAAGAUUUGGUGAAUAAAC